CAAAGUCUAGUCUUAGUUAUUGCCUAAGUAGUCUGUGCUGAGGACAUGAAGAUGCCAACUUCUGUUUUGUCUGUGGUCUCAUUGGGAAUUUUCUUGGUGUCGGUUUCUUCUCAUGAAGGCACACAAGAUGAACACAAUUUAGUUCAGGAAACACCCUCAGGACUUCUCAACAAUGGGACAGGAAGGGCUAGGCAGUCCAAAUGCUCACAUAGAGAUAUUGUGAUUGCACAAGCCCAGGUUCAAUCCCAACCAAGUGGUUUACCUACUUUCUUGGUGGAAAUUACCAAUACAAAUACAAAGGUGCAAGUUUCUAACAUCCAUUUCUAUUGUGAGCAAUUCAGCUCUGCAAUCGUCAUCAGACCUGAUGUAUUCAAGCGCAUUGCUGUCAAUGACUCGCUCGUCAAUGGGGGCAAAACACUCGCUCCCGGCUUAACCCUAUCCUUCACAUAUGCUUACAGUUUCAAAUACCCUCUUUCAGUUAACACCAUUAAAUGCUGAAGCAUAUGUAGACAUCCUAGUUUCAAGAUGUGUCAGAAACUGAUGAUAAUGGAUUGCCAUUGUUAUCGGUUUUUGACAGAGAAGAUGGCAGCAUUGCUUCAUUACUAGCCUCGGUUGUACUGUCAUUAGUCCCCAGGUCGUUGUCGUCAUCUUCGUCGUCAUCUACAUGUUGAGAUUGUGUCAUUUGGUAGUUUUCUCUUAAAAUCAAUCAGGUCUUCGUUCCAAGAGGAAGUCCUGGUGGUUAAAAUUGAAACAUGGGGGAGGGAUAUGUCCAUUAUGUAAUCUAAGUCCCCUGUUGAACACUUGAACCUUCGGAUUAAAAAGAAAAGGAGGGUCAAUUAGAAGUCCCAUGGGAAAGAUUUUCCGGUCGAUGCACAGAAACACAAGCAGUUGCUC